CUUGUGUUCAGAUGAGCCCGUGGUGCUGCUGGAGAGUUCACUCACCGUCUGCUAGCUCCAGCCAAAACGGACCACGAACCCUUUUCCUUUUUUAAAAAUUUUAUUUAUUUCAUCCUAUCCUCUGAUAAGCCUUUUAAAAACAAGAUGUAACUCACCACCGAACAUUUACAUCCUCACUUGAAUAAACCUACAUGUUUUAAAGAGCCGGGAUGAACAUCACUAAUGGAAGUUAUUGUGGCGAAUGGUUUUAACUAUGGUAUGCCGAUGUGAUUGUUUAUUUUGCCCUUUACCCUUGGCGAUGGAUCCCUGAUUUUGGGAUUAUCGGUAAUUCCACGAUUCUACUAGGAAUCAUCAGCGAUCGAAGAGGGAAUUCUGCACAGCCGAGCAAACUACAGGGGAUUUAAAUCGCAUUGCUCCGGGAAAAAGAAGCGAAGCAGGAAGAAAAUUCAUGUGGCGAUUCUCUGCUUAACAAUAAAUCAUUUUGGAUUGCAGAAUGAGCAAGGAAAGACCUAAGAGGAAUAUCAUUCAGAAGAAAUACGAUGAUAAUGAUGGGAUGCCCUGGUCGGAGGAGCGAGUGGUGCGGAAGGUGCUCUAUCUCUCGCUGAAGGAGUUCAAGAGCGCUCAAAAGCGCCAGCUCUGUGACGACCUCAGCAAUGGAGGAAAAGGGCCUAAUGCUUCCUUGUCAAACGGGCAGCUGAAUGGAUGUGGGUCUAAGGGAGGACGUAAAGAGGACGGGUCUUGCUCUCAGAGCACAGAUGGAAGCAGCGAGUACUCAGAGGACUGCCCGGCCAAAAAGAGGCCCAGACUGCAUGCACAGAGGAAGUUUGCUCAGUCUCAACCCAACUCUCCCAGCACCACGCCGGUGAAGAUGGCCGACCCCUCUCUGCCCACGCCACUCACACAUAUCACAUUCCUCUCCAGACGCAAGCCCAAGACAGAAGACUUCCUCACAUUCAUAUGCCUUCGAGGCUCACCGGCAUUACCCAGUAACAUGGCCUACUUCGGCUGCUCUCAGGAUGAGGAGGAUCUGGAUGAUGAAGAGGAAACUGAGGAAGAGAAACCACCAAGUGUGGCGUCUACGUCAUGCCAGUCUACACCCAAGAAGGGCAAACCGCCUGGCAAGAUCAACGGAUUCGUGUUGAAUGGCCUUAAGGUACACAAGGACAAAGAGCUCGCUCCCAGAUCCAGAGGCAGAGAGUCGUCUGUGGGGAGAGAUCGCAGCGAGGGGUGUGACUCAUCCAGUGAGAUCUCCCAUAAGCACACUGCGGCCACGGCCAAGAGCCACAACACCAACGGCCAUAACUACAGACGAGCCGCAGAGGAACUCCGCAAGCAGGUCUCGAAAGUAAAUGGACUCACACGGGCAUCAUCGCAUACGGCCGGUGCCAAAAAGUCGAAAGACUUCCGUCUACCGUCCAAAACUGUGAAGUACACAGCCACCGUGACCAAGGGCCACGUCACUUACACCAAAGCAAAACGAGAACUGGUUAAGAAAGCCAAACUCAACCACAGCAAGCACGCCGCUUCUGCUGGUCUCCGUGCUUACAGCAACAACCACCACCAUCAUUCCCAUCAUCCAACCAGCAACGGCCAUGGCCGGCCCCAGCUCUCUCACUCAGGAAAAGCCCAAAGUAUCAAUGCAAAAACCCGCAAACAGGUGCUAUUAUCGAACGGGGUGCAUAAGAUGACUAACGGGGGCCGGCCUAAUGGCAGGCUAAAUGGACGCCACAGUGCCAGGGAAGAGGUGGAAGACGGCCGGCAAGUGCGGCAGGGACUGCGGAACUCAAAACGUAGAAGUGAUGCCAUUACGAUUCUUGGAGCUGGAACUGAGAGUGACGAGGUUAAAACUAAGCCGCCUGUUACUGAGGUUAAGAAAGCUAAACUGCAAACUAGCCCACUGGAAACUCGCAGCAAGAAAGCCCUGGGUCAGUUCAAGUCCCCCAACACAGUCACUAUUGCACAUAGUAUCACUGAAAUGGCUGCCUCCCCUACUCAGAAAAUGGGUUCUGCCCCUCCUCCGUCGCCCCCUGCUGCUCCCGCCUCCCCAUCCAUGCCCCAGAACCCCGCAACCCCCGAGCCAGCACGUCAGCGGCCUAAACGCGCUUCUGCUGGCAAGCUGAUGUUCAUCAGACAAGCACAGCAGAGGGCCCAAACUAACCCCGCCCUCAACCGGACCACAUCCACUACCUCAGCCAGCAAAACCUUCAAACCAGCAGAGCCCACACACACGCCUCCACCACGGCCGGACAGAGACAGGGAGCGGGAGAGGAGAAGGCCAGGGUGGGCGGCCCUUGGGGAGGUGCCCAUUUUCAAGCCCAGCUCUAGGGAGUUUCAGGACCCUUUGGUGUACCUUGACUCAGUUCGGGAACGGGCCGAGUCGUCUGGACUGUGCAGAGUGUUGCCGCCUCCUGACUGGAGGCCAGAGUGCAAACUCAACGACGAUAUGCGUUUUGUGACACAGGUUCAGCGGAUCCACAAGCUGGGUCGGCGCUGGGGCCCCAAUGUUCAGAAACUGGCCUGCAUUAAGAAGCACCUCAAAUCUCAGGGCAUCUCAAUGGACGAGCCACCUCUUAUAGGUGGCUGUGAAGUAGAUCUGGCUCGUUUUUCCGAGCUGGUCUGUGACAUGGGUGGAAUGCAGCAGGUGAUGGACCUGAAAAAAUGGAGUCGGUUGGCUGACCUGCUUCGCAUUCCCAAAUCAGCACAGGACCGCCUGGCAAAGCUCCAGGAGGCCUACCUUCAGUACCUGCUCUCUUAUGACCUGCUCUCUCCCGAAGAGCACCGGCAACUGGAGCAGGAGGUACUGGCAGAAAAGGAAGCUCUGGAACGCAAGCGGGGACCCCUGGAGGGCCACUCGGAUAGCGGCCAGCGGUCUCUGGCUCUUCCCCGUUACGAACCCAAGAAUGGGCUCACCGGCCUCAACCACCGCAAUGGCUUCCGCAAUCACAACAAAGAGCCAGACACCCAGCGGCAGGCCGGCCGCCGCAGACUGUUUGCUCAGGAAAAGAAAGGGGAAAAAGUGGACAGUGAUGAGGCAGAUGAGGAGGCAGAAGAUGAAGGUGUUCUCAGUGACCAGCACAAAUGUAUAUACAAGGGGAGAUCGGUAUCUUUGACCACCUUUUACAGAAUAGCAAGAAAUACUAUGAUGAUGUGCUUCAACAAAGAGCCUGGGGCUGCUGAAGUUGAGCAAGAUUAUUGGCGGAUAGUGGAGCAGAGGGACUGCCACGUAGCAGUGCAUUAUGGGAAAGUGGACACAAACACACACGGAAGCGGCUUCCCUGUGGGCAAGUCCGAACCCUUCUCCAAGCAUGGAUGGAACCUCACUGUCCUUCCCAAUAACUCUGGAUCCAUUUUGCGCCAUCUUGGUGCUGUGCCUGGGGUGACUAUUCCCUGGCUGAACAUCGGCAUGGUGUUUUCUACCUCAUGCUGGUCACAAGACCAAAACCGCCUUCCAUACAUUGAUUACUUACACACUGGUGCUGAUUGCAUUUGGUAUUCUAUUCCUGCUGAGGAAAAGACUAAGCUUGAUAAAGUGGUGCACACACUGCUACAAGCCAAUGGCACGCCGGGACUUGAAAUGCUGGAGAAGAACAUUAUGAUUUCUCCAGAGGUGCUUUGUCGUGAGGGGAUCAAGGUCCACCGUACGGUCCAGCAGAGCGGGCAGUUUGUGGUGGUCUUCCCCGGUGCGUUCGUGUCCAAGAUGUGCUGUGGCUACAGUGUGUCUGAAACUGUGCACUUUGCCACACCACAGUGGAUGAACCUGGGCUACGAGGCUGCUAAGGACCUGAAAUGCAGGCGCAUAGCAAAACCCUUCUCUAUGGAGAAGCUACUCUACCAGAUCGCCACAGCCGAGGCCAAACGAGAAAACAGACUUGUGCUCAGUACAAUCUCUUCUCUUCUCAAAGAUCUCAGGAACAUAGAGAUGAAGCAAAGGCAGGAUCUGUAUGAAGCAGGGCUGCUCUCCUCAGCACGCUACUGCACUCACGACAACAACCAAUCACCCGCUGACACCAGGAAGAAACCGCGCAAGUGGCUGGCGUUGGAGUCAUCUGAGAGACGUUGCCAAACGUGCCAGCAUCUCUGCUACCUAUCUAUGGUGGUGCAGGAGAAUGAAAAUGUGGUGUUCUGUCUGGAGUGUGCGCUGCAGUAUGUGGAGAAACACAAAAGCUGCCGUGGCCUCAAGAUGAUGUACCGCUAUGAUGAGGAGCAGAUCAACAGUUUGGUGAAUCAGGUGUGUGGUAAAGUCCUUGUGAGAAGCACGGCAGAUGGCUGCAACGGCUCCAGCCCCACCAAACCGCCGGCCAAGCGCGGGCCCCGCAAGAGAUCCGCCGUGGAGCUGUCCCUGACCCACUUGCCGACCCACCUGUCCAAAAGUGCCGCAGCCGCCGUCUCGUGAGGAACGCCGCCCGGCCGCCUACGUCAACCAAUCGAAUUCCUCUCCCUCUCAUCAUAUCGUUUGUGUCUUUCAUCAACCACAUAGCAGGGCAGAGUUUCCUGUGUUGAAAGCAGGCUGCCUUUUUUGCACUAGCGCACUAGUUUGUAUUCACCAGAUGUUUGAUAGCAUUAAGAGACAUGGUCCCAGGUGUGCAUUUCACUGACAGGUGCGAGUAUGAUGUCAUCCUUUCUUCCUGGACCCUCUUCCUCCUCGUCUUUGGCCCCAUUGACUGCACACACACUCCUCCUGAACUGUGAACCUUGGGACAAAUGGGUGCUUCUCUCCUCGUUUUUCCAGGCCCCUUUCCUUUGAAUGUUGGUGCUCGAUGGAGCUGCCCGAGAAUGUUUUGUUUUGUUUUGUUUUGUUUUGUUUUGUUUUGUUUUAUUUUGUUUUUGUUCACAGUUUCUGGUGUUUGCAUUCUUUUCUUUUUCUUUUCUUUGGUUUUUGUUUCCUUUUAGUUUAGUUUUGUUUUCUUUUAGUUUUGUUUUGGUUUUGUUUCAUUUUGUUUUUGUUUUGGUGUUUGUUUUGGUUUUUGUUUCCUUUUAGUUUUGUUUUGAUGUUUUGUUUUGGUUUUGUUUCCUUUUAGUUUUGUUUUGGUGUUUCGUUUUGGUUUUGUUUCAUCUUGUUUUUUUGUUUUGUUUUGGUGUUUGUUUUGCUUAUUGUUUUGUUUUUUUGCUUUUAGUUGUUUUGGUUUGGUUUUGAUACCUUUUAGUUUUGUUUUUAUGUUUUUGGUGUUUUGUUUUUGUUUUGGUGUUUUGUUUUGGGUUUGUUCAGUCUUGCUUUUUUUUCGUUUUGGUGUUUGUUUUGCUUAUUGUUUUUUUGCUUUUAGUUGUUUUGUUUUUGUUACCUUUUAGUUUUGUUUUGAUGUUUUGUUUUGGUUUUGUAAGGUUUGUUCUGUCUUGUUUUGUUUUUGUUUUUUUUAAUUUUGGUCUUUGUUUUACUUAUUGUUUUGGUUUUUGCUUUUAGUUGUUUUGUUU